CAGUUGGCAACAAUGUCACAGACGUCAAAUCAAAAAUAUUUCCCACGAUUUUGAAAAGAAAGCUUGUGUUUAACAUUAAUUACAUUUUACGCAUUUUCUUUGUUGUACAUUAAUAAAUAUAUAAAUACAGAAACGUGAAGUGAUAUCUUUAUUCGGGAUAAGUUGAUACCGAAAUUUAUGAUUAAUAAACUUUUGAGCUUGUAUGUACUGACGAACACAAGUUUGUUUUUGCCUACCAUUUUUACGAAUGUCAUCAUAGUGUUUUAUUAGUAAAGGUAAACAUGGAUCCUUCAGUGAGCCCCAUCAAGAAAUUAAAAAGUCCCGAAACAAAUUUGAAUGCGAAAACAUCUAUCACCUGUUCCAAUGUGCCAGAAGCGUUAUUUGAUGCAACUGCAUCUAAGAAACACUUUACAAAAUUUGGACGAGUGCAGAAAAUCAGAUUAUUACCUAAAAAGCAAAUGUGUAUAAUAGAAUAUGACCAACCAACAUCUGCUGAAAGAGCUUUGCUAAAUGCUGGUGCUUUUGAAGGUGCUAUGUUUGAUGUUACUCGGACCAAAGCAAGAAUAAGAAAGAAAAGCAAGAGAGAUGAUGAUCCAGACUGGAUGCCUGAUUCCGAUCUGGAGGAAGAAUUGGCUGCAAUGAGCGGAAGCCCUUCAUAUAGGGUGUCUCGGCAGAAGCCUAUGGAGGUAGAAUCAGAGGUCAAGAUGUCUAAACCCACAAGAAUAGCUAAACUGUCUCCUCUGAGGAAGAAAAUUCCAGUUAGAGAGAAAGUCACAAUUACCCAACCAUCUAGUGGGAUAGAGUCACCAAUGAGCAUUCCAGUGACACAGACCACUAUGAACACCACAGAAGCCGCUGCAGAACUUUAUCAGCUCCGGACUAGAGUCUCUCUGACGCCUGAUGAGCAGUGGAGGACACUAGAUGCUCGGGACAGAAUUUUGAGAGCAUGGGGCGGUACUGGAUCUCGUGUCAAAGUAGGUGGCGCCACCAUCGGAACUUGCCCUGACAUGUGUCCUGAAAAGGAAUUGCUGCACAGGCAGGCUGAACAUCAGGUUCUCACUCUAGAAACGGUGGUAGACUCGGACGGACAGAUGGACCCGUGGCGCGCCGUGAAGCAGUACAGCCGGAGUUCCGCCGACCAAGAGAUGCCGCUGUGUUACGAACUCAGACCCGCUUCCGUGCUCAUGAGAACCUGCUCCUAUCUGCUGCAUGAGAUCGUGGAUACUAGAAGACAGGUAACUCUGUCAGACUGGUUCCAUUUUAUGUGGGACAGGCUUCGGAGUAUCAGAAAGGACAUAACCCAGCAAGCGUUAUGUUGUGGUGAAUCAAUACGCUUAGUGGAAAUGUGCGCUAGGUUCCACGCGCAUUGCGCUGCCCGACUGGCAGACUUAGAGCACACGCAGUUUGACCAGAAACUCAACACAGACAACCUCACCAAGUGCCUACAGACCCUCAAACAUAUGUAUGCGGACGUGGGACCAGAGGAAAAGCCCAGAGAAGCUGAAUUCAGAGGAUAUAUUGCACUGCUCAAUUUAGGCGAUGCAAACUUUUGGUGGGAGAUAAAACAACUGCCAAUAGAAAUACAGAAAUCUGACGCGAUAGUGUUCGCAAUCAAAGUCUUCAAUGCCAUAGAUAAUAAUAAUUAUGUGAGGUUCUUUAGAUUGGUAAAUGAGAAAGCUACAUACCUGCAGGCUUGCAUUUUGUUGCGGUAUUUCAACGAUGUCCGCGCCCGAGCCUUGGCUAGAAUCGUCAAAGCCUACGCACCCAGAGGGGGAUCGCGAUUUCCGGCCGAAGAUUUAAUGAAUGCUCUAGCUUUCGAGUCCGUUGAAAAUAUGAAAUCUUUUAUCAAUCACUAUGGAUUAAGAUUCGCAAAGGUAGACGACAUGGAACUUACGGUUAUUCUAGAUAGGAACCAGUUCAUAGAAGAUAGUGAUCCCUACCCAACAGCGAGAGCAAUCAACUUAAUAGAGUCAAAGCGAAACAGUUCUGUUGCUGUUGUGAUAGCGGGCGGAACAUUGCCAGCCCCAGAUUACAGAACACAUAAACGAUACUCAAGUUUUAACAGCGAUGGAAGAUUAAAAGAUGCAGCCCUUGUUGCCGAAGAUCUAGGAUAUAAUACAUUUAAUGACAGUAACAGAGAUAUUAAAGCUUUAAAAACCGAAAUUCAAAGAUUGUCACAAGGAGGUAGAAUAUUGGGAGUAAUUGAAAAUAAAACAAAUAAUACUUUCUCAAAACCAGAAAUAAAAGUAAUUCAACCUAAGAAGUCUUCAAACUCUAUGGACAGUUUUGGUAAUAAAAGAACAUACUUGUUCCAACCCGCGAUUCCUGUUGCGCCAAUGGAACUUUUACAUAAAUCAUCAGAUAAAAUAAUGAUUGUUAAUGAUAGAAGCAAAUUUAUAUUUUCCAAGCCUCAAGAACCAGCAACAUUUGAUUUGGCAAAUUCCAAAACUAGUUCAGUUUUCAGUACUGCAAAUGCUGAUAAAGGAAAUAUUUUUACAGUUCCUAAAUUAGGUACUACAAAUGGUAAUGAUAUUUUUGGGAAAUCAAAUGUUGGUAUUGAUAAUAAUUUCAGUGUUUUCAAAGGACAUGAAACUAACUUUGUGAAACCCGACAGUACUGGUAAUAUUGGUAAUGUAUUUACAAAACUGGAUAAAGAUUCUGGUGCUCAAAAUCCUUCCAGUAUAUUUUCUAGUUUUAACAAAAAGAACUCAUUUGAUACACAGCCUGUAGUCAAUAAACCAAAUAAUACCGAAAGUACGUUUGGUCAAAACACUUCAAACAAACUAUCACCAGGAAGUCUGUUCAAAAGUGCCUGCAAUACAGUUAAUGGAUCAGAACCCAAAGCUUAUUCCAUAUUCCACACCAAAAAUAAAGAGAAUUCCGUUGCUGCUGAUAUAUUUAAAUCUGUGAACAAACCUCAAUUCAGUUCAGUAUAUGAUUUUGAUCCAUAUCAACAAACCGAAGAACAAGAGGAAAAUGAUAUAAAACAGAGAGUACAAGAAGAAUUUAGAGAGCAAGAACAGUUAAGGAAAGAAGCUGAAAGAAUAGAAGAGCAAAGAAAAGAAGAGUUGCGACGUCAAGAGCAAUUACGCAAAGAAGAAGAAAUGAAGCGCUUGGAAGAAAAACGUCUCAAAGACGAGGAAAGGAAAAAUGAAGAACUAAGAAAGAAAAUAGAAGAAGAGAAACGAAUUACCGAACUGAAACGUAAGGAAGAAGAAGAAUGGCGGUUUCGGAUAAAAGUGGAUAAAGAGGCGUGUGAAUUAAUUGAAGAACUCGUAGACGAAAUAAAGGAUCAAGAAGUCUUGAGCAUUUUAAGAGAAGAAUUUGACAGUUUUCAAGGCAUGAUGACACAUGCGCAAAAUUUGUCUGAAGAGAUCCUAAGAGAACUAUGUGAUGAAAUUUGUCGUUCUGAAAUGAUGGCGGAGAAAUAUAGAUCUGAAAAGGUUAUGAGAAAAUGGUUUGGUAUUUGGAAAAAACAGUCAAUGAGAAAUUAUAAAAGAAGAUGUUUUCUAGAAAAUACUCCAGUCUGGCUGGCUGAUAAAACACCAGUAGAAGAAGCUGCCCUUUUACGACGAACUGUAGAACAAUCAGCUUUGAAAAACAUGAAUGCUAUUCAUAGGGGAUAUAGGUUCACUGGAGAAUUAAAACAGUGCCCUUCGCCUCAACCAUUCAAUGUUAUGGAAAUUAUCAAAUCUCCACUCCUCAAGCGGAUGAAACAUAUUAACUACCCAUACGAAAAAUGUUUUUUCUGGAAAUUAACUCUAGUAGCGCCAAGAACAGACAAGUGGAUGUGUAAAAAGAUAAAUACAGUAAAGUGGCUUUUAGACGCCUUCUGUGACAACAAGAAACAUGAUAUUUCCGACAGCCUAAUACAUGUGCAAAAAUAUUCAUGGAAUAAUUUGAUAGACUUUGCUACUUCUAUCAGUUUAAUAUGGCAAAAAAGAAAUAAUGUUGAAGCAGUGGAAGGUACCAAUGGAUUGCUGUUUUAUUUCACAGAGUUUGACAAAAACUAUAUUGAAACAAUUAAAGAAACUGUUAAUCAUAAAUAUCCGUAUCAGAUAAUACCAAUAGCUAUCAUUUUACCAAAAAUGAAUGAGGAUUCAAUGCAGAAAACUAUAGAAUCUACUCUUUCAAGUUUAUUGAGUGAGAAGGUUAUAUCAGCAUUUAAAAUAUUUAAUGUAGAAUCGCAAAAUAUUGCUAAUUCUAUGAACUCGUGUACAAAGAGCGCAUUGAAAUGGAUUGCAAAAAUGUAUCCACUAGUCCCAAAUCUGGAGGUAGAUAUGUUGAAAUCAUUAUGUCAAAGAUAUUUAGGAAAUGAAAUAUGGUGUAUGUUGAAGUCUAAUAGAGAUAAUAGAGUAAAUACAAUCCUGAAGGAUAUAAAAAGACUAGUUAAAUGUUACAAUAUUGCUGUUGACAAAUUAAUUGAAGUUGUUACAGAUGAACGUUUAUUCAAUUAUCCUCCAUUUCCAUUGGAAUUCAAAGAAUUUCUAGAUAACAUAUCACCAUAUCCAAAACCUUAUGAAUUUAUACCAAGCAGCGCAAGAAAUACGGAAAACAUAUCGGCAGUAAGGAAUAUGAUGAUACAAUUAAAGUUACCUGAUCCUAGAACAGAUUUUAAAGCAAUAGACGUUCCGACAUUACAACUACAAAUCAGAGAUUAUUGUAAGCAAAUUGACUGGUUUAACAAUUCUGAAGAAGUUGUGUGCAAGGUAGUUGCAGUCUUACCUAACGAAUUUUCUGAUUUGGAUAUGCCAUGUGAAGAAUUCAGUGAAUAUUUUGCUAAUUAUAAUCUUGUAGACAUUUUGAAUAUUAUUGUAUAUGAGAAAAUCAAUAGAUUGAAUACCUUUGAUAAUAGGUUUGUAAUUUAUGAGCCAUCGGUGUUACAACAAUAUCGGAAUGGGCAUUGGUUACAUGAGGUUGAUGUUAUAGCUGGAAUUAAACACAGAGUUAUAGAAUACGAAGAUGAAUUAGAUUGUUAUCUUGAAGCCAAAAGACGAAAAAUUGAAUUGGAUUCAAUGGAUUAUGUAUUGGAGGAUAAGGAUACAACUUUAGUUGAGGAAAGUAUUAAAAUACAUGAUGAAAGUAUAUCAAAAUUCAUUGAUUGUGAAAGAGCUGUUAAACAGCUUGAAGAAAAAUUGGAAGAAGAAAAACAGAAAUCUAUACAGCUAGAGAAUAUGUUAAGACUAGCUCUUUCUGAUGGAUAAUAAAAAAUAAUAAAUGAUUAUUUUUGUGUAUAUUUGUAUUUGAAAAAUUAAUUGUUUAGUUGCCAAAUGAAAAUAAAAUAAUAAAG